AUGGAAAAAACGACUAUACCGACAAAUAAUACAUCAGAUGGUGUAAUGGACAAUGGUGAUGAACCAGCGGAAAUGAAAUAUUUACGUUCAGCGGAUCACAAUUCAAAAGAUAAUAUUACAGAUGCAAGAACAGCUAAUGAAUGGGCAGCUAAAAAAUAUAUUUGGGUACCUGAUGAACAUGAAGGUUUUAUUCGUGGUCAAGUACAACAAGAACAAACGAAUGGACAAUUAUUAGUUGAUUUAGAAAAUGGUAAACGUAUUACCACACAUAAAGAUGAUACACAACGUGUAAAUCCACCAAAAUUUAGUAAAAUAGAAGACAUGUCAGAAUUAACUUGUUUAAAUGAUGCAUCGGUAUUAUUUAAUCUUAAGGAACGUUAUUAUUCAGGAUUAAUAUAUACAUAUUCGGGUUCAUUUUGUAUUGUUGUCAAUCCCUAUAAACGUCUAUCAAUUUAUUCGGAAAAUGUUAUUGAAAUGUAUAAAGGUAAAAGACGUGAACAAAUGCCACCACAUAUAUUUUCUAUUGCGGGUGAUGCGUAUCGUUUAAUGUUACAGAAUCGUGAAAACCAAUCAAUUUUAUGCACAGGUGAAUCUGGUGCUGGUAAAACUGAGAAUACAAAAAAAGUUAUUCAAUAUUUGGCUUACGUUGCAGCUGCACCAAAAAGUUCACAACGUCAACCGGGAAACGCUGUUAACCAAUAUGAAGUAAAAAAACACUUUUUUGAAUUUAACUAUUUGAUUAAAUUUUAUUUUAUUCAGCAACAAAUCAGUGCAAAAAAAAUAAACGAUGCCAUCGGUGAACUUGAAGCUCAACUUCUUCAAGCAAAUCCAAUUCUUCAAGCAUUUGGUAAUGCUAAAACUGUUAAAAAUGAUAAUUCAUCACGACUUGGUAAAUUUAUUCGUAUUAAUUUUGACACAACGGGUUUUAUUGUUAGUGCAUCAAUUGAAACAUAUUUACUUGAAAAAUCUCGUACUACUCAUCAAGCUAAAGAUGAACGAACAUUUCAUAUAUUUUAUCAAUUGUUACGUGGUGCUAAUACAAAAAUGAUAACAGAUUAUUUAUUAGAAGAUUUUAGUCGUUAUCGUUAUUUAACACAUGGUAAUGUAACAAUACCAGGUGUUGAUGAUGGUGAAGAAUUUCAAAAUACAGUUAAAGCUAUGCAAAUAAUGAAUAUGUCAAAUGAUGAUUUAAAUUCAAUAUUUCGUACGAUGUCAGCAGUUUUACAAAUGGGUAAUAUGCAAUUUAAACAAGAAUGUAGUGCUGAAUAUUCAAUAUCAUAA